GGCCGCAAGCGGCAACGUUAGUCAAGUGUCGCCGUUGACCCUAAGGAAAUCGAACCCUGCGAACUAUCCACGAUUCGGAUGACCACCGAUACCUUACCCCGAUCGUUUCGAGUGAGAGCAACCGAUCUUCCGGCGACGUGGACGAGGAGAUUAGCGUGUCCAGUGGAAUAAGCGGAGCAUGGGCGCGGCUGGCAGUAGUAACGGCGCAGCGUCGCCGUCGGCCCCAUGGAGGGGCCGGGGCGAGGAGACGUUCGCCUACGGGACAGAGGAAUCCUGCUGUCCGGAAUACGCGAACGAAAAUAUACGACAAAGGACGAGGACCAGCGCGUUCGACGUGGGUGAAGAACCUCGAUCGCAGGGUCCGAGUCCUUACGCGACCUUCACUGGCGAAGAAUGGUGGAGUCAAAGACCAUCAGCGCCGAGUUUGUCGAACUUGCGACCCCCUCGCCGAGAAACUUUGUUGACGUACGCGGCGCAGAUGACAGGUUGGCAGACGGCCGAGGGGCACGGCCCUUCGUUCUCUCAGCAGCACCAAGAGGCCAUGGAGCUGUCGAAAGUAAUCUCGCAGCUAGCGAUGGCCAACCAGCAGCUGGCUUCUGCGCACACCGCCACUCUCGCGCACUUGGAGGCACUGUACGUGGAAUUAGCGAAAGAGAAGGAACUCAGAAGACGAGCAGUCUCCACGGAAACACUGGACGAUGCUCUGAAGAAGAGACUGACGAUCGAGGACGACAGAGACUACGAGGACGAGCAGAAGAGACGAAGAAUGGAGGCCAGGAUCGACAGACUGGAGAACCUGUUUACCGAUGGCUGGGACACCUGUCAGUACGGACAGAGGGAUGUUCGACAGGAAGAGGACAGGAAGCUUCGGUCGAGGGUAGAGAGGCUAGAGGCAAUGGCGAAGUUCAGAGGACUCGACAGGGACGACGAACGACAGAGGUUUACGAAUGUCUGUGAUUCGGUGGAGAUUCAGGACUCUGGUCGUCGACAGACGAACGAUGUUCCGUGCGAUAGGCUUGCGAAUAGCAUCGAAGUACCUGAACACGAAUUUAAUACGCAAAGCGUGACGGAGGAGGCUCGGGCGAAGAUUAUUUCUAGAAUAAGCGUCGCGGACGAGGAAGAGCUCGAGGACUCGAGGCUCGACGACGUGGCGGAUCGCGCGAUGGCGAAUUUGCAUUUAGAAAAUUCGGAAGAGGUAGAACGUAGGACGGAGGACGAGAAGGGGCAGAGUUGGGGCGAGAAGGAAGAGAUCGGAUCGUGGAGGGAGCUCGAGAGAUUGAAGGCCGAGUUGGCGGAGUACCAGGGUGAGAACGAGAGGCUGGUGAAAGACUUGGAGGAGCAGAGGGCGACGGUGAGUCGACUGACGAAGGAUUGCGAGGAGUCGAAAGCGCGAUGCGCGGAAAUGGAAUCCGAUUUGCAGGGGCACAGAGAGGAGUACGAGGUGUUGAAGAUCAGAUUCGACAUGGCCACGAAGGGAACGGACACGCUGUUGAAGGAGAUAGACGAGUUCGUGAUGCAGAAGCACAUUGCCGAAACGAGGAUCGCCGGGCUCGAGUACGAUCUGCAGAAGUCGUUGAUGGAGAACGAGAAAAUAAAAAAGAUCGAGGGCCAGAAGGCUGCGGAAUUAAAGAUAAAAGCUCUCGAGGACGCUUUGGACGAGAUUCAAAGACUGAAGGAGACUAUCAAGACUGAAGGGAAGCGCGAGGACGAUGUGGAUCUAAAAGAAGACGUUGAUCCAGUCGAGUCGAUAGACGACCCGCAAGAGAGUCCACCUGCAGACCGCGCGACGAACAUCGAGGAAUUCAAAAAGGAAUUAACGCUGAAGAGGGAAGCCAGACAGAGAGCGAUUGCCGCGGUUUCAUCGGAAAUGGAGCGGCUCAGACGAGAAUUAGACGCGGAGAAGGAGGCUCAUUCGGAAACUUCAAGGAUGUUAGAGCUUCUGAGGUCCGGCCAGAACGACUCUCAAGCUCAAACGAGCGUGGCAAGUGACAGCUUGAAAAAGACUAGAGACAGAGAACAGAAACAGAACGAACACGACUUGGCCGUGCAACGUAUGGAGGCUCGACGAUUAACCAACAUUCUCAAGGUAUCGGACGAACUGAGGAACGACAUCCGCGUGCAAAUGGACAAAGUGGACGAUUUCCGUUACCAUUUGGAAAGUGACACCGAUCAGAAUCGGUACCGCAUCCGUUGCCUGUCAGACGUAACCAAUCGCACGCGUGAGGCCGUUUACGUCACGGAGCGUCAUGCCAACGACCUGAAGGACCAUCUAGCGCAGAUUCUGGUCCGACUGGGGGACAGAAGCUUCUUGGAGCUGAAGGACGAGGCCGACCUGGAGUGUGAACGUCAGCUGGAGAAUAUCAAUAGCCUGAAGAGCCUUUAUAACGAGAGGCUGAAAGUGCUGAACGAACUGAGGGAGACGGCAGUGAGGGAGCUGGCCGAGACCAGGGUGAGAUUGGACCACUCGUCGAAAAAGUGCGAAUGCUUGGAGGACGACUUGAAGAAGGCUGACGAGAAGAUCGACGCCCAGGACUCGGAGAUAUCGAACCUAGAGUCUCAGCUGGGGCUGACCAAGGCUGACUGCAGGGAUCUCCAGAAUCAAAUGUCUCUGAUCAAUGGCCUGUUCACGCAGAUGCUCUUGGGUGCCACCUCUGCCGACAUGGACCUCGAUCGACUGACUCAGUUACUUCAGGAGAAUCACGAUCUCAUAUGCGAUAUGGCGAGAGAGGAAGGCACCGAGGCUGCGGCGCUUCCUAAGCUGCUUCUCGACUUAAUCGAGCAAGUGGAGGGCAGUAAAGGAUCCCAGAAACGCGCUGACGGAGAGAACGGAAGCGAGGGCGAAGCUGAGAAAAAGGAGGACGAUUUGCAGCAAGACGACAUAGCUCAUAAUCUGCCCAAGGUUUGGCGAGUGCUAUUGGAGCUGCUGAGCUGUCACGCAGAAGGUGCUCCAUCAGCUUCCGCGGCAUCAUCCUCGGACCCAAAUAUCUGUUACAAGUCGGUGGACACCCCAGCUGGUCCCAGACUAGUGAUUUCGGUCAGCAAAACGUAUAUCAGAUUAAAGGAAUUGAUCCUCGAGAAGAAACACUUGGAGAAGGAGAUGAAUCGAAUGAAACAGCUGAACACUCAUUUGGAAAGCAAACUUGGGGAACAGGAGAAGAGACUGUCAGCAGUGUCAGCGGAGCUAAGCAAAACUUGGACGAUAGUGGACCGAAUGCAGGCUCAGCAUCAUCAGUUGCACACUCACGAGAAGAUCCUACGGUACGAGUUGCAGCAGAAGCGAAAAAUGUUGCAAGAGUUGAAGCAGGAAUUGGAAUACUGUCGCGAGAAAUGGGAGUCAGCUAGGCAGAAGAACACGAAUACGGAAUUGGAGUGGAGAAGCUUGAGGCGAGAGUUCGCUGCUAGGAAGGCUCUGGCUUCUCACGAUUCCUUCAAUAACAGUGCCGAAAGUGGAUUCAGCGACGAGCGAGGAGACGACACGGACGAAGAAGACAACGCUGUGGAGGGCAGGAUCAGACUAGGUCCGCGCAGAAGACCGCGAAAGGAGAGUCCUCGUGCCCCGACACCAGACACGGAAUCAGAACAGCCAACAGACACUGAGCUAUCCGAGCCAAAGACAGGUUCCUCGACGACGUUGGAGCAACGAACGCCUACUCCAGAGACGGAAGCAGAGCUAGACGAUGUCGAGGUCACUGAUGCGACUCUGAACACCGAAUCUACGAACCCUGCAGAGUCACCACUGCUCCCAGGAAGUCCUCAGGAAAUACUGAACCCCUUGGACCAGGCUCUGACAAACGUCAUCCAAGACCUGAUAGGAAGCGAGAGUAUCACCUUUGCGAGCCCCAACGAUGUCAUCACCUGUGUGGAUCUCGCUAAGGAAGACCUGGUCUUGAUAGACCCCGAUCCCGAUGAGCCUCUCAUCGACUCCUGGAUCACGUCGUCUCCUCGAGAAGAGCCUCAAGAACUCGACAAGGAAGUUGCCAGCCUGGACACUUCUGUAGAAAUCGAUCAACCAUCGAUCACGAUCGAAGAUCCUCGAGAGUCAACAGACUCGGACGGUGAGAAAGCAAAGAACGAAGAAACCCUGAUAUCGUUCGUGUGUCCUGCAUCCAAUGUGACUAGUCCAGCCAGCACACAGCCCGUGUUCUCUAUCGGGCCCUUCCCUCUGUCUAGCGUGCCACCUUCGAUCGUGAAAAACGUCCAAUUCAGCGAUCCAUUGAUCGUCGGUCCGUCUAAUCCACUUUUUGCUCCAGUUUUCGGCGCGUCCUUGUCGAACGAACAGGUCCCGUCGACUCUGGACUCUGUAAACAGUCAGGACUCGGAGUCCAGGGAAAAACGGGGCGUGAUAGACUCUGACAACGUGUCCGUGGACUCUUCUUCGAGCUUGGAGACUGUCAAGGAAUUCUCUACUAUUGAGGCUGCGUCCUCGAGCUCGCCAGGUGGCAACGAUAAACGAGAGACGAGUUCCUCAGAGGCCAAUGGGUCGCUCAAGCAAGACGAGAGGAAGGCUCCUGGUGCGAAGACCAGGACACCGGAAGAGGCUUUGGCUGCCAGAGAGGACAGACUGAAGAGGUUGGAGGAGCAGGCUAAAUGGUUGAUGAACAAGAUGAACGCGACCAGCAGAAGAGGAUCUGCUUUGAGUACUAGGUUAGAGGAGCUUCACGAGGUCUACGGGGAACCCCCGGUACCUCCACCCAUGCCUGAUGUCCUACCUAGUCGCAGGCUAGCGACCACUUUGCCGGAUCUACCUCGUCAGGUACCUGAAUCAUCGACCACCGAGGGUACUAAAAAUACCGAAAAACCGGUGUUGAGCGACGAUUCCAACGAACCACCGCCCAAUAACGCGUCCUGAGACGCCUACAAUUUUUAAUUGCCCGAUUACGCCGCGUUUAUUUCCGUCGAGCACGGAAACGUGAAGAACACGAGCUUCUUGCUCGUGCUUCGUCCCGAGAAACGUGUUGGCUCCCGUCUCGGAGAGGAAUUAUGUAAUUCCGCGUGAGUCAAUCUGUUCGGGCUGAUCGCGGACAUCGAAAGAACAUCGCGUUCUGCUUUUCUAUUUCCGAUCUAAAUGUGUUUUCUCGUCUAAUCGUUGAAUUUAUGAAACGUUUCGUUAAAUCUAAGAAAGACUCUGGAACCUAUUCGUUUCACUAUUGUCCACGCGAACGUUCUUCUUUCUCUCUCUUUUUCUCACGAUCGAGUAUUUUUAUUAUCAAUGUGCCAUCAGUUUAUCGAUGUAAGUGACGUCUCGUUGUUCCUAACCGAGAAUCUAUAUGUGAUCACUCGCGAAUCCGUUCCUGUUUUGUACCUUCUACGAAUUGUACCUACUAAUUUUGCUGUAUAAAUAAAGAUCUAUGGGAAACGAA